AUGCUAGUAUCCGAUAGUUUGAAUCAGAAUACAUUUCAACCUUUACGCAAGAAAAUUAUGCCAAAUUUCAUAUUUAGAUAUUCACAUGCACAGUAUUUUGAUAGUGGUGCAUUCCCUUUGCUACCUGGCUAUGGCAUGGAUAUUUGUCGCUAUAUUUCAUGCCCAUAUGGACAGCAAUGUAUGAAUGGAAUGUGUUGGUCAACAGGCACUUCUUCUGGUUCACUUGGUAUCGAGGGAAAUUAUGGCUCCUAUAGUCCUUAUGCUCUUGGAGGUCGUGGUGCGGAUUUAUAUAAUACUGGAAUUUCUGCGCUUGGACCACUUGGUGGCGACAGUUCAUUUGUUAAUUCACAAAUUGGCACAGCAUCCAUGAAAUCUUGUGUGCUGAAUACAGAUUGCGAUCCAGGUCGAAAUUGUGUUUAUGGACGAUGUGUUUACGGUACGGGAACAGUUAUUGUCGGAGGUACGAAGCGAUGCGAUUUACUUCAGCAAUGCCUCAAUGGUCAAAUUUGUGCGAAUGGAUUCUGCACCCAGAGUAAUGUUGCUUUUAGUGGGAGCCAAGUACAACCAGCUGUAACCAGUUCCACACUUAGUUAUUUAGCAUGUUCGACGGGCGCUCCAUGUCCUAUUGGUCAAUAUUGUAUCAGCGGAAUGUGCAUUCGUAAUGCAUUUACUUCAACAUUUGGUAUGUAA